AUGUACAAAGCCGUGGUGUUCGUGCUUGUUCUCGCCGCGCUCGUCGCGUUCGUCGCCUUCGAGUCGCACGUGGCGGCGAUCUCGAAACCACGCGCCGCCGGCGACGCCGGCCCCUGGCUCGCGGCGCGCGAGGCGUCGGACGCCGUCGCGGCGUCCGAGGGCGGCGACGCGCCGCCGGCGGCGGUCGCCGCGUCGUCCGCGGCGCUCGACGACGACGAGGACGACCGGCCGCCCCUCGUCGCCGGCGCGCCGCCGCCCGAGGGCCCGCCGUGCGACGCGGCGCGCGUCCGCUACUGGGCCGGCGGCCUCCCGGGCGACGCGGCGCUCGUCGCGUCGGGCCGCGUGCCGCCGGCGACGGCGCCCGAAGCACCGCGCUACCUCACCUUCGUGCCGGACCUCGGCGGCUGGAACAACGUGCGCCUCGGGCUCGAGAACGCGCUGGUCAUCGCGCGGUCGUCGGGCCGGAUUCUGGUCCUGCCGCCGCCCCAGACCUACUACCUCCUCGACGCGAGCGAGCGCCUGGGCCUCGAGGACCUGCUGCCCGCGCUCGUCGGCAGCCCGGACCGCGCGGCCGUCAUCGCGGCCGCGGCCUUCGUCGAGGACGCGGUGCCGCGGCUGCGGCGCGAGGGCCGCUACGCGCGGCCCGCGGCGCGCGGCGGCGGUGCGCCCGGCCCGCCGCCGGCGAACGCGACGGCCUUUGUGCGCGGCUGCCACCCGACGCGCAAGGCGCCGGACAGCUGCUUCGGCUUCUACGAUUGGCUCGAGGACGCGUUCGGCGACGGGGCACGAAAAGGGCGCGAAAUUCCCAACUUCAAAGGCUCCUAUCUCGGCCGGUUCGGGAACGGCUUCGCGCCGAACGUCGGCCGCGAGUGCCUCGCCUUCGGCGAUCCGCCGGAGGCGCGCCUCGCCGCGGCCUGCGGGCCGCGGACGGCCGUCGACGGCACCCCGCGGGCGCGCAUCGACGGCGACGCGCUCUUCGGCGGCCCGGACGCCGUGUUGCACGUCCGGUCGUCGGGCGCCGCGACGCACCACGCGGCGGCCGUGCGCGCGAACCGCGCGGCGGCGCUGCGCGGCGAGGCCGUCAAGCCCAUCGAGCAGAACGCCCUGGGCCGCCUCCUCGCGCCGCCCUGCGCCUACGUCGUCCACGGCGACGCGGCGACGGCGAACUUCUACAAGCGUCUCGUCCGCGACUUGGUCCGGCCCUCGGAGCGCGCGACGUGCGCGGCGCUGCGCGUCGUCCGCUGGCUGCGGGGCGUGCGAAAGCGCGGGGGCACGUUCUCGUCGGUCCACGUGCGGUCGACGGACUUCCAGUACGCCGAGGGCCGCGCGGACUGGGCCGUCGUGUCCCGCGCGCUGGCGCCGCGCGAGCCCGUCUUCGUGGCCACGGACGACGACACCGGCGCCGUCGCCGCGCCGCUGGAGCGCGCGGGCCACGCCGUCUUCACGCUGGCGCCGCUCGUGCGGGCGGCCCUCGGCGGGACGCGGCCGAAGCGCGCGACGCACUGGCCGGACAAGAAGGUCCUCGACGCGCUCAAAGCCGUCAAGCGCGCGGAGGUCGGCGUCGUCGACGCGCUGAUCGCGGCCGAGGGGCGCACCUUCACGGGGGCCUGGUUCUCGACGUUCACGGGCUUCAUCCACCGCGUCCGGGGCUACCGGGGCUACGCGGACAACAGCUCCUUCUUUAGCGCCGCGGGCCGCUGGGCCGCGUUCCAGGGCUUUGAGGCGCCGCGGACGCCGCUCUACAUGCGCGAGUGGCCCGCGGCCUGGCGGAAUAUCGACUCCGACGGCGACGCGGCGCCCUAUCCCGGCGAGCGCGUCUUCGACGAAAUCGACCCGGCGGAGGGCUACCCGACGGACGCCGUGCCGGAGGGGUUGUUGGCGCCGAAGCUCGAGGCCUGCGUUUUACCACAAUCCAUGCGCUACUGGCGUGCGCCCGGGUCGGGCGCCGCGGAUGCGCGCCUGCUCCGGGACCCGGAGGCCGUGCCGCGCCUCGCCGGCGACCGCUUCUUGACGUUCGUGCCGGACCUCGGCGGCUGGAACAACGUGCGCCUCUCCUUCGAGAACGUGCUCGUGCUGGCGCGGUCCACGGGGCGCACGCUCGUGCUGCCGCCGCCCCAGACCUACUACCUGCUGACGAACUGCAAGCGGAACUGCGUCUUCGGCUUCGACGACUUCCUCCCGGCGCUCCUCGACGUCGACGAUUUGGUGAUCACCGCGGCGGCCUUCUUCAAAGACGCGCUCCCGGCGCUCCACGCCGCGGGGCGGCUCCGAAGGCCCGCGCGGCGCGACGACGGCGGGUCGCCCGUCGCCUGGCCGCCCGAGGACGCGCGGGUCGUCGACUACGCCGACGGCUGCACGCCGACGCAUCUGGCGCCCGACUCGUGCUUCCCGGCCUACUUCUGGCUCGAGGACGCCUUCGGCCUGCCGGACCACAUCCCGGACGUGGGCCAGCAGUGCGUCGUCUUCGGGGAGGCAAGGGCGCGGCGCCUCCGCGGCGACGGCUUCGUCGACGAAAGGCUCGACGACUUCUGCGCCGUCCGCACGUCCAUCGCGCCCGGCGUCGAGCGGAGCCGCGUCGACGGCGACGCCCUCUGGGGCGACGCCGAGUCCGCCGUGCUCCACGUGCGGAGCUCCGGCGUCGCGACGCACGAGCACGACAAGUGGCGCGACAAGAAGGUCGGCCAGGGGGGACCGCAAUUGGAGCCCGCGCGCAUGGGAAGAUUGCUGGCCCCCUGGUACGCCUACGUCGUCCACGCGGACCCGGCCGUGGCCAACUUCUACAAGCGCCUCGUGCGGGACGUCGUGCGCCUCGACGAGCCCCGCGUGACCUGCGCGGCCGCGGGCGUCGUCGCGUGGCUGAGGUCGGCCUACGGCGGCGCGUUCGCGUCCGCGCACGCGCGGCGCAACGAGUUCCAGUUCAAGGAGACGAACGCCCAGCUCGGGGCCGUGGGUUUGCGGGACGUGCUCCUGCGCGUCGCGCGGCCCGGCCAGGCGCUUUUUUUGGCGACGGACGAGAAGAACGCGUCGUUCUUCGACCCCGUGCGCGCGGCCGGGCGGCCCGUGGUGCUCCUGAGCGAGCUCCUGGCCUACGGGUCGAGCCGGCAAGACGGCGGCCGGCGGCCCGACGGCGCGCCCUGGCCGCCGCGGGACCUCGCGGAGCGGCUGCUGGAGCUGAACGGCAACGAGCUCGGCUUCGUCGACGUGCUCGUCGCCUCGCAGGGCGCGACGUUCACGGGCUCCUGGUUCUCGACCUUCACGUCCUUCAUCCACCGCCUCCGGGGCUACGGCGGCUUCCGGGACGCCGACUCCUACUUCACGGCGCCGGACCGCGGCACCAACGCGCUCACCUUCGACUGCGAGUCGCCCGCGGCCGAGCUCGUCUGCGCCGCGGCGCUCUCCGGCGCCGAGCCGGGCGCGACCUACGAGCUGACCUUCGUCUACCGGCGCAAAGGCGCGCCGGCCGCGCUGCGGAGCCGCCCACUGAACGCGACGGCGGACGCGGCCGGGUCGCUCUCCGGCCACCUCUUCCGGCUCCGCGCGCGCGCCGCCUACCGCGUCGAGGCGACGGCGCUGCGCGGCGCGCGCGACAUCCGCGCGUCGUCCACGCUCGUCGCGCCGGCGUUCCGCGGCGGCGCGACGUUCGACGGCACCGACCGCUUCGCGACGAAAGUCGACGGCAACGCGUCGGCCCUCGAGCUCGUGCUCAUGGGCGCGACCGUCGGGGACGUGGCGUCCGACGGCUGGCGCGGCCUCGUCGCGGUGGACGCCGAGGGGUACGUGGUCUGGGGCCUCGCGAAGAACGCGUUGUGCGCGUUCGCGAAGCUCGAGGACCACCGCUUCGUCGUCAGCUCCGUGCCCGCGAUGGCGGGCGCGCAGCCCGAGUGCGCGUCGCAGAGCGUCUUUCGGGACGGGCGGUCCCUCACUUCCCGCCUCGAGGUCUUCGCGCCGUCGGGCGGCCUCGCCGGCGGCGUCUUCGCCGAGGCGUGCGUCGGCGAGCCGAAGAAUUAUAGAAGCCUGUCCCACCUCGUCGCGCCGUCCGUCGCCCUGAAGGAGGAGUCGAUACUCACGGUCGAGAGCCGCGUCGAGCUCUACGAGUCCGGCGUCGUCGUCCAGAAGGCCGCGACGAGGGCCGCGCGCGUCGACCGCGUCGUCCGCUGGGUCCCCGGCAAUGACGCCGUCGCGACGGUCGUCGACCUCGCGUCGACCUUCCCCGCGGGCGCGACGCGCGACUACGAGCCGGCGACGAUCUUCGAGGAGAACGACCUCACCUGCGACGGCGGCGAGCUCAGCCGCCACGUGCCCUACUGGAUGCACGCGGACGGCGUCUACGAGACCGCGGCCGGCGGCGUGCUCGUGUCCGUCCGCAACUUCAACGCCGUCGCGCUCUUCGACGCAAACGGCGGGCUCGCGUGGACCCUCGCGGCGCCCCACGGCGGCUCGGGCGGCGUCGCGUCGAACUUCACGUUCGCCGACGAUGCCGAGGCCUUCUACGCGCCGCACGCGCCCGUGCUCUCGGCGGACGGAAACCGCCUCUACGCCGUCGACGACGGCACGGCGCGGCCGGGCUGCGCGAAGCAACGGGACCACGUCUUCGUCCAGUGCUGGUCGCGCGCGGUCGCCUACGACCUCGACUUCGACUCGAUGACGGCGGCGCUCGCCUGGGAGGUGGAGCUGCCCGAGGGCUUCGGCGAGGACGGUUUCGCGGCGGCGGACGCCUACAACCCCGACGGCGGCCGCGUCGUGCCGCUGGCGACGCCGGGCUACGUGCUCGUCGCCUUCGGCAACCUCCACGACAACGCGCGCGACGCGGCCUUCGGCCAGGACUCCGUCGUGCUCGUCUACGACGAGGUCGCGGCGCGCGUCGUCUUCGAGCUCCGGGCGCCGCGGAGCCACUGGCUCGCGGGCGACUUCACCUUCGAGGCCGUCGGCAGCAUCGCGGGGGAGGCGAGGCACCGCCCCAAACACCGCCUGAUGGACGACGACGGCCUCGCGGCGCCGCCGGCGAACGCGAGCGCCUACGCCACCUUCGUGCAGUACGGCGACGUGCGCUCCGCGUCGACGUUCCAGUUCAUGGCCGUCUGCCUCCUGGCCCACCUCGCCCACGGCCUCGGCACGUCCUCCCGGCGGCGCGUGGCCUGCCGCUUCGCCGGCGACGUCACGGCGGCGUCCCUCGCGACGCUGCGGCGCGGCGAAACCGCCGGCGACGACGUCGUCGUCGUGAAGACGCACCGGCUCAACGGCGUCGGGCGGACGUGCGUCGACGGCUGCGAUCCGCGGGCGCCGCGGUGGGGCCGCGCGGCGCCGGCGCCGGCGCCGGCCGGCUACGCCGUGCCCGCGUCGCUCCUCUUCGUCUCCGUCCGCGCCGGGUCCGCGCGGGCCCAGCUCGCGGCCGCGGGGCCGCUGCCUCCCGCCAUGCGGCUCGCGGCCGUGCAGCGCUACGAGACGCUCGAGCGCGGCGGCCUCGCGGCGCUCGACGCCUACGCGCCGCUCUUCCCCGCCGUGGCGCCGGCGCGCUUCGCGCUCCUGCGCGAGUACCUCGGCCACUGGCAGAUUUUGAGACGGUGCUGCGGCGUCCAGGCGUCCAAGGCGCGGACGGACGCGCUCCACGGCCUCCCGCCGCGGCGGCCCGACGCCUGCGCCGGCCGCGACCUCGACGCCGUCGAGGAGGCGCUCUUCAACACGUCGCUCUGGCGCUGGCGCUUCGCGGACGCGGGCGGCGACUUCUUCCCGGACGAGCGCGCGAGAGUGCGCCGCGGCGUCUGCUGCUACUCGACCGUCGCCCUCCGCAACGGCGCGGGCUUCCGGGGGAAGUGGCGGCCCGACGCCGACGCCGCGGCCUACCUCCGGGCCCACGGCGACCCGCGCGACGCGCCCGCGGACGCGGACGCCGCGUGCCGCCACCGCAACUUCCAGUCGACCCACGCCGACCCCGUCAAGUGCCUCGGCGCCGACGGGCGCGUCGCGGCGUGCCCCAGGCGGGAGCGCGCUAAGGCCGUCUGCGGCGAGCUCUGCUGCCCGAUGACCGGCGAGCUCUUCGUCGAGCCCGUCAUCUUCCUCGACGACGGCGCGACCUACGAGAAGAGCGCCGUCGAGCAGUGGCUCGCGUCGCUGCCGUGCCUCGGCCUCGGCGGCGCGGACGUCGCCGCGCGGCUCGUCGCGGUCAAAUGCGUGCGCCGCGCCGUCGAGCGCGCCGUCGCCCGCGGCGCGUCGCUGCCGCCGGGCGCCCGCGGCGCCUGGUGCGUCGCCGCCGUCGCCGCGGCCGCGCGGACCUUCGCGCGCGGCGCCGAGCCCGCGGAGCUCGACCGCGUCGUCGCCAUCGUCCGGAACGUCGGCGGCGACGAGCGCCUCUCCUACGGCACGGCCUGCGACUUGUUCGGCGACGCCCUGCCGACGCACCGGCGCGUGCGCCUCGCGGCGGCGCUCGCGCUCCAGGACCCGCGGUCGACGCGAGCGGCGCUCGCGCGCGGCGUCCGCCGGUUCCAGGCGGCCGCGCGCGCGGCGGCGUCGCGCCGGCGCCGCCCGCGCACGCCGCGGCGGACGAGGCGCGCGGCGCCGCCGGCGUUCCCCGCGCGGCUCGCGGCCGAGGCGGCGCCGGGGACGGCGGACGGGACGCCGCCGCGGCCCGCGGAGACGCCCGUCCGCGCGCCGGAGCCCGUAGACGAGACGCCGCGGCGCGCGCGGCGGUCCGUGUCCUGGGCCGACAGCGACACGUGCUCGUCGCCCUGCUCGUCGCCGGAGCUCACGCCCCACCGGCCGCGGUCCGUGUCCUGGGCCGACUCGCCCCCGGCCCACUCGCCGGAGACGACGCCCGUCCGCGACCGGAGGCCCGCGAAGCCCGCGCCGCGCGACGAGCCCGCGGCGCGCGAGGAGCCCGCGCCGCGCGACGAGCCGGCGCACGACGAGCCGCCGGAAGAGCCGUCGCCGCCGCGCGAGGAGCCGUCGCCGCCGCGCGAGGAGCCGUCGCCGCCGCGCGACGAGCCGUCGCCGCCGCGCGACGAGCCGUCGCCGCCGCGCGAGGAGCCGCCGCCGCCGCGCGACGAGCCGCGGCCGCCUCCGCCGGCGCCGCGCGCGGUCCCGCCGGCGCGGCGCCCGCCGUCGGAGGCGCCGCCGGCGCGGCGCCCGCCGCCCGAGGCGCCGCCGGCGCGCGAAGACCGCGAGCGCGCGGCCCCGCGGCGCCGGCCGCGGCCGAGGGCCGCGGCGCCGGCCGCGGCGCUCGACGUCAGCAUCGACGUGCCCGCCGAGGAAGCCUACGCGGCCGCGGCGGCGCCCGCGGCCGCGGCGCCGUCGCCCCGGGGCGCGCCGUCGCCGCGGGGCGCCGCGUCGCCGCGGACGAGCCUCCGCGACGCCGUGCGCCUCGCGCGGCGCCGCGCGGCGGACGGUGAGCGCGCCGCGGCGACGGUGCAGCGCGCGUGGCGCCGCGGCCGCGUCCCCGAGGCCUUCGAGACGCUCUCGGAGCGGACGGAGGCCGCGUCCGACGCGGAGCGGACCGUCGCCGACGCGCCGGCGCCGCGGCCCGCGUCGUCGCCGCGCGUGCCGUCGCCGGCCGUCGCGGCGGCCGAGGCGAAGCGCGCCGCGGGCCGCGCGCGCCGCGCGUCGCGGACGGCGCGGCCCGCGCAGCCGCCGCCGCCGCCGCCGAAGCGCAAGGCGCGGACGGCGGCGCCGCAGAGCGUGUGGAUCCCGCCGGAGACGCCGCUCCCGGCCAAGUCCGCGGCGGCGCCGGCCCCGGAGGCGGCGAAGGCGCGCCCGGCGGAGAACGCGAGGCCCCCUCGCGCGGAGACCGCGAAGCCCGCGGAGCCCCCGGCGCCCGCGGCGACGACGCCGGCGCGCAACGCGGGCGCCAAGCUCGCCGGCGGCGAGCGGCUGCCCAUGGCCGCGCCGCGGCGGCCGCUCCGCUGCGUCACCGAGCCCGGCGAGCCCGCGGCGGCCGCGGCGCCGCGCGGCGCGCGGCGCAAGAUCAGCCCGCGGUGCAUCUCCGACUUCGACGAGUCGCGCACGCCGCCGCCGCCGCCGCCGAAGCCCGGGAGCCCGUCGACGCGCCUCUGCGACCUGCCCGCGCUCUCGAUGCCCCACCAGGUCGAGUCGACGCCCUUCCUGGACCGCCUCGCCCACGCGUCUUAA